GCAAGACAGAGCAAGGCAAGAUAAACUAAGAACAAUGGCGAAAUCUGUUCGUUUCCUCGCAAUAUUCUUCUUCGCCCUUAUCCUCCUAGCCAGUAUCGAAGUGCAAGGUGCGGAAGCUACACUGUGCCAGAGGCGGAGCCCGACAUGGUCAGGGGUCUGCGUGAACUCGAACAACUGUGACAGGCAAUGCAGGAACUGGGAGAAAGCAUUUCACGGUGCUUGCCACUGGCAGAACUUUGGAUUUGCAUGCUUUUGCUACUUCAAAAUUCAAAUGUUAGCGUCCAUCAAUAGACUCAAUACCAGCGUCAUGUGUCGAAGAACUGAUUCAUAUGUCUCUGUCUAGUGUUGCCCUAAUUAAAUAAUAAGAUUAAGGAAUGCAUGGUUUUCUGUUGAAAACAUGCGUUCAUAUACGUGUCCCCCCCUUGUUGUUGAUUAAAUAAUAUGUUGGUGUUAACUUUGUACUUGUCUUAAUUUGCUGAUAAAUGUUCUGUACUGAGUAGUACGUAUGGUAUGUAAGUACCACUUGUGAUUUUCUGUAAUAAAGAUUUGGCCAUGAU